AUGAAUGCAAAUCACAGAUUGGCUCUCCAAAGGCAUAGUGAGUUUUGGUUUGAAGAUGGAAAUAUUGUCUUUCGUGCUAGCAAUACCUUAUUUUGUGUACAUCGUGGUGUACUUGUUCACCACUCUCCAGCUUUGGAAGGAAUUUUGGCUAUCCCAUCAGGUUAUGAUACCGAUGGUACAGAGCAACUUCUGAUCGUCCUGCAGCAGAUCUCUGAGCAGGAAUUCACACAUUUUCUCAAUUGGGUGUACCAUAUCAGUUCAGUCCCUCCUCCACCUGAGGAACAAUUCCUAGCCGCUAUCCUCAAGAUUUUGCACCAAUGGAUGAUAAGCAACAGCAUCAAGUUUGCUAUUGAUGGACUGGAGCACCUCACUCUGCACCCUACCCGACGGCUAGAGCUUGCAUGA